GAAGGAAGGAAUGCCAUUUUGUUUCUCAUUGGAGCGUUAGUCAUUGCUCUCCUCUCCCCCUCUUUUUCUUCAUGUUUCCUUCUUCUUUAUCUCAAGCUAAAAACCCAGAUAAUUUUUAGUACCAUAAACAAAUCUUUGCUUCAAUCGUGCCCAUUUUCUUUUUUCACAUGAUUUGAUAUCACUUCUCUCUCUCUCUCUCUCUCUCUCUCUAUUGCAGCCUUUCGGCCUCUCUAAACAGACAAAAAAAGAGAACCCAAUCUCAAGGCCUCUUCUUGUUUCUCUCUCUGUUUCCACAUAACUCUGUGCGUGUGUGUGUGUAAUCCUUGUUUUGCACAUUUCCACAGAGAAACCAUGCAUAGGUGGGAGAAAGCGAUGAGAGAAGAUCGAUACAAGCACAAGGGCAAGAACCCAUCUUUCUCUUCCAGUCUUCUCGAUGAAAUCUACCGUUCCACCGGUGAAGGUGACACGAAGCAUGAAGAUUUGAAAUUUUACAGUGAAACAAUAAUGGCCAAGAAGCACAGUAAAGGUUCCAGUUUAGAAAGUGGUAGAGCCAUUGAAGAGAAUAAAGAAAUGGAAGCUCUUCGCCGAGCUUGUUUGAUCGAGAAAUGGAUGGACUACAAGGUGAGCCAAAAGGUCAGCACGCAACAUAGCAGAAAUAAGUUGACGGAAUUCGAAAGAAAAUCACAACUUGAACAUGAUCUAGACCAGGAUGUUCUGUUCUUUAGUUCCACUUCUAGCUCCUCAGAUUCUAGCUCCGGUGGAUUCUCAUCCUCUGAUUCAGAAUCCUUCAACGGUGCAAGAUCAAGGUCUUCUUCCUUCUUCCCACCAAGGCCUAAGCCUGUGAGGACCAGCGUCUCAACUCUAUCAGAAAAAACAGAGAAAACAGAGAGAACAGGAGGGACUCUGUUUUAUGAACAGAGGGAAUUGCAUAUGUUUAGUGAUUAUCACUACAGCUCCGUUACAGAGCAGACAGCAAGGGUUGAAGAGAACGUAAUCAAGUCGAAAUCAAGAGCCUUAAAGAUUUACAACAAUCUAAAGAAGGUGAAACAGCCAAUUUCACCAGGUGGUAAGCUUGCAAACUUCAUCAAUUCUAUAUUCACAACUGGAAACACAAAGAAAUCAAAGAGUUCUUCUUCCAUUAGCAAUUCUGAUGAAGAUUGGAAAUCGAAGCCAGGACAGGCAACAUCAACUUGCUCUUCUGCUUCAUCCUUCUCAAGAUCAUGCUUAAGCAAGAGUUCACCAUCCACAAGGGAAAAACUUCGCAAUGGGGUUAAAAGGUCUGUUCGAUUUUAUCCUGUUAGUGUUAUCGUUGACGAAGAUUGCAGACCAUGUGGACACAAAUCCUUAUACCACGAAGAAGAAUCAUCCAGUCUCAUGUCUGUUUCUCCGCCGAAUGCAUGGAAAGUUGGGAAAUCUCCAUCAAGAAAAGUGGAUGAUGAGCUCAAGUACCAAGUAAUGGAAAAGACUAGGAAAGUGGAGGAAGUCGCAAGAGAGUUCUUGAAAGAUUAUCAUCAAAACCAGAAGAAAAAUGAUGAUCUUAUUAUGAGGAAUGUUUUCUGCAAUUACAAUGAUCAUUUGCAGGAUGAAGAUGAUGAUAUUGAUGACGAUGAUAUAAGUUGUUCGAGUUCAGAUUUGUUCGAACUCGAUCAUCUUUCGGUAAUUGGAAAGGAUAGGUAUUGUCAAGAGCUUCCUGUGUAUGAAACUACUCAUGUUGAUACUAAUCGUGCCAUAGCUAAUGGCUUAAUAAUGUAGUUUUCAAGAAUAUCGUAUAGAGCAAAAAUAUUUAUCAA